UUUCUGUGGCAGCUAUUCGGAGGAAGGAGAACGGCUGGUACGACGAGGAGCACCCGCUGGUCUUCCUCUUCUUGGGAUCAUCUGGGAUAGGUAAAACGGAGCUGGCCAAGCAGACAGCCAAGUACAUCCACAAGGAUGUGAAGAAGGGUUUCAUCAGACUGGACAUGUCGGAGUUCCAGGAGAGGCACGAGGUGGCCAAGUUCAUCGGCUCCCCGCCGGGCUACGUGGGCCACGAGGAGGGCGGGCAGCUGACCAAGAAGCUGCGGCAGUGCCCCAACGCCGUGGUGCUCUUCGACGAGGUGGACAAAGCCCAUCCGGACGUGCUCACCAUCAUGCUGCAGCUCUUCGAUGAGAUCAUCGCGGCGGCAGCUCAAUGUGAAAUCAAUUCCUGCACCGCUCACUUGACAGGGCAAUAACCCAAAUGUUAAUCUCAAGCACCCAACGAGGAUUUGUGUCAUUGUGGCAGAGAUGUGCUGCCGGAGACAGAUCGAGGGGAGAGACAGCCUGGGGAGCAGCUCGUUUCUUCCUCCUUUUUCUCUCUCCCUCUUUUACGUUGUUAAUCAACAGAAUGAGUGAUCCUGUGCUGUCAAACCAAAGCUUGCUCUGCCCCACAUCUCCUGGCUGG